UGAAUGGCAACACAACAGCUGAUUGGUUGCAGGUAAACAAUACAAUUGCGUUCUCGUCGUGCACCUGCGGAUCGCGUUGGGAUUGCUCUGCUGGUGGGCAGAUCACGUAACCGGAGGCACCAACAUGUGCACUCUGCAUCCCGAGGAGGAGGCCCACCUGGUGGCAAUGGCCAGUGUUGGGCCCCGAAGCCGUACGCCUAGCCCAAGGCCGUUUUUCAACUCCUCCAAUGCCUUACCAAGAUCGCUAUUCGACAUCUCCUGGGACGAUGUGCUGAUCCCGCAGGUUGCCAUCUACCUGUCGCUCAAGGAUCUCUUCAACCUGCGCUGCUGCUCACGUACCGCCCAACGUUUUGUCGAGGCUGCCCUGGAAAAACGAGUGGAGCUCCACCUUUCCGGGAACAACACAAGCAAUAUCGAUGUGGGCUUCCGAGUGCUGGCCCGCUGUUGUCGGCGGUUGGAAGUGCUACACCUUGCCUGCUGCCGCUGGCUAACGGAUGAGCUGCUCCUGCCACUGCUGGCCAACAACAAGAAACGGCUGUGUGCCGUCAACCUGAACGAGUGCAUCAACAUCACAGCACUUUCUCUGCAACCGAUCAUCGUGGAAUGCAAGGAGCUGCGCAUGCUGAAGCUGUCCAAGUGCCAGUGGCUGACCACUGGAGCCGUGGACGCCCUCACGCUGCAUCAGAGCAAGCUGGUGGAGUUUGACAUCUCGUAUUGCGGAGCCAUAGGAGAGCGCUGUCUGAUCAUCUUUUUCCGGAAACUGAACAAGCUUACCGUCCUGUCCCUCGCGAAUACGCCCAGUGUUACCGACCAGGUGCUCAUCCAGAUCGGAAACUAUUGCCGCGAGCUGGAACACAUCAACCUGAUUGGCUGUGCGGCCAUCUCCGACUAUGGAGUGCACGCCCUCACUCAGAGUUGUCCACUUCUGCAGUCCCUGAUGGUGCAGCGAUGUCCACUCGUCACGGAACGUGUUUUGGCUCCACUCCGUGGACGUGUCCACAUCGACCGACCGGGCAUGGGCUAUAUGCCGACCGUGCAGCACCACCGCCUGUUCCUGCAGGUUUGAUUGCGGACCAACAUACCCAAUAUGCAUAAAUUAUGCAUAAUUAUACCAAGGAGGCUUCCGAGGCUAACCAAUGUUUAAGCUGUAAAUACAUGCCUCAGCAUGGGACGCUUUAAUUUACCUUUAAGCUUAAUAUUACACAUUUUGUUAACAUUAAUUUAGGCUGUACAAUAAACAUACUUAUAUAGUAACCUCUCUCUCCAAAA